CCGGCACAGCGCCCCCGCCGGCACCGGCAGCACCAGCGCCGUCCCGGAAGGGCCCGGCGGACGUAGCGGGGCCGGGUCGGCCAUGAGGGCCGCGCUGGUGGGGUACAGCAGCUCGGAGGGGGAGGAAGAGGAGGAAGAGGGACGGCGGGGUGGCGGCGCGCAAGUCCCCCCCCCGGCCAGCGCCGGCCGCCCCCGCCUGCCCGCCCCCGCCGGCCUGCCGGGCGAUCCGGAGCCGGAGGAGGCCCUUAGCGACGACAGCUCCCGGCACGGCGGCCGCGUCCGCGGCUUCCCCCACGAGCGGGGCAACUGGGCCACCCACGUCUACCUGCCCUACAGAGUCCAGGAGGAAUUCUUGGAACUGCUGGAGCUCCUGGUCUCCCGUGCUCGCACCUAUGUCUCCUCACUGGCUGCCAUGGAGGAGUUCCACCUCAGCCUCUCGCAGUGUGUGGUGCUGCGCUACCACUGGAUAGAGCCCUUCAUCCGCUCCCUCAGGGAGCACCUGGCCUCCUUCCACAGUUUCUUCUGUGUGGCGGAUCAAGUGAAGGUUUACACCAACCAGAACAAAACCAGGACCUUUAUUGGCUUGGAGGUCUCUGCUGGGCAUUUCCAGCUGCUGGAGCUGGUCUCGGAGGUGGACAGAGUUCUGGAGGAAUUUGACCUCCCCACAUUCUACAAGGACCCGUCGUUCCAUAUCAGCUUGGCCUGGUGCGUCGGGGACCUGUCUGGCAGGCUAGAAGGGCAGUGUCUGCGGGAGCUCCAGGACAUUGUGGAUGGGUUUGAGGACUCGGCCCUCCUGCUGCGUGUCCAGUGGGAGCAAAUCCGUUGCAAGUCGGGGAACAAGUACUUCUCCUUCCCCUUGAGGUAGGGGCCGGUGGGGCUGUGCGUUUCAGAGCCUCGAGGACCCUGAUGUUCAAUCAAGGACCGUUCUCCAGUGCAGCUCGGAAUGGUGUGGGCCGUCACGCACCUUCUGUGCUCUUCUUGCCUUCUCAGCAUCUCUGGGGUGUUUGUGGCCUCAAGCCAGGCUACUUCCAAGUCUGAAUUUCUGGCUGAAGAAAUGUGUGUUUGCAGCAGAUUUCGCCCGUGCUGCUGUAUGUGCUGCCAUCAGCACCAGCACUUCCAGCCAUCCCACAGUUGAUAAUUUUGCUGAUUUUUGUAAAAAAGAAAAAAACAUGUCUAUAAAAGCCA